UGCCGAACCCGCCCUUUUCAGGCUUUGUUCCUGAAGGGGACCGCCCACCCGCAACAGGCUUCAGAAGACUCCCAGCACAGGGCUGGGUUGCGCAACUGGUUCGUAUGCCGAAUCCAGGUGGGAGAAGGGGAGACACAGGCUAUCGGAAGGGGAAGGAUCAUGGAUCGAAAAGUAAGAAAAGUCCAACCGGGGGAGAGAAGGCGACGGGAACGGAGAAGGAAAGGGAAGGGAAAAAGGACACCAGGUCGAAGAGUAAGGGAAAGAAGGGGGAGAACCGGUGGAAGGAAAAGGGGACAUCAAGGUUAAGGAGAGGGAAUGGUGAUGAGACAGAGGGUUCGGGGCGUGCAAGUUUCAACGAUCUGACAUCAGAGUCAGAAUCUGACAGUGCGGGAUCGGGCGAGGGAAAAUUGGAAAGAAGAGCGGCAAGAGCUCUGAUGAAAGCUAAGUCUAAAACGAGAUCGAAGCACGUAAAAAAAAUUCGAAAGGACGAUGCCUCGUUUUCAGACCAUGGGGAAGAUGGUAGGGAGGGUAACAAAGGCUCGGAGGGGAAAGGAACCUCAGCAGAGGGAGGGCAAUCAGGUGGCCUCUUGGGGGGUGUCCCAAUGGAGACUCUGGGCAGAGGAGAAGCUGAUACCCCGAGAUUUUUAGUUCCGUUGAUAUGUGCUAACUCGAGUAAAGGGGUAAAGAUUCUCGCAAUUCAACUGGCCAGUGGGUCAAUGGAACUGCCAACAAUCGAAGCUAACGAAUCACUCACAGAAUCGGUAAUUCUUAAGAAGACUAAAGCAAUUAUUCCGUCUUGUGUGCAAUGCCGUGUAAUCCAAUGUCUGAGAACAGGAGUUCACACAAUUUCCACGGAAUCUGGGAAAGUGAGAUUCCUGUUUGCUUUUCUCAAUGCUAAGAUGGAUAACUCAAUAAAGGAAAAGCUGGAAGGUUUGGGUUGGGACUGGUUUUCCCUUGAGAUCUUAGAUUCAGAUCUUAACGAGGAACUGGAUUUCAUCCGAAUGAAGGGAGCCACGGCAAAGCUGAUAGCAGAAUGGUUGAACGACGCAGAGGUGCACAGGGGGAUACUGUUCGAUGGGUCACUGGCCGGUAUUCUGCAGGCACCCUGGCUUUCUGAAAAUGUAGCAUUACAAAACCAGGAUGGCGCACGAAGGCGGAAGCAGAGUGACCUGAACUCUGCGUCAGGAGGCCGGAUCCAUGGCAACGACGGCCUCCUAGGGUCCAAUGGUGAGCAGCGGUAAGCUGAAGAUCGUACCCUGGAACGUUCGAGGUCUAAAUGACGCAGGAACAAAACACACACGGAGUA